AUGUCUCGUCCUGAGGAUACCCUCGCGGCCGACGUCCACUAUGACGAUACCGAAGCACGAAAGUACACAACAAGUUCUCGAAUCCAGAACAUUCAAGCCUCAAUGACAAGACGAGCCCUCGAACUUCUCGAUCUCAAGUCCCCAUCCCUCAUUCUCGACAUCGGCUGCGGUAGCGGUCUUUCCGGCGAAAUCUUGUCUUCUGUCGAACCUGAAGAUGGCGGCCCUCACACUUGGAUUGGAAUGGACGUUUCACCUUCGAUGCUGGAUAUUGCGCUGCAGAGAGAUGUGGAGGGUGAUUUGAUGCUGGCAGAUAUUGGACAGGGCGUUCCUUUCCGAGCGGGUACUUUUGAUGCGGCGAUUAGUAUCUCUGCUAUUCAAUGGCUCUGCAGUGCUGAAACAAGCGACACAUCCCCCGUCGGUCGCCUGACUCGCUUCUUCAACGGUCUCUACGCCUCUCUCAAGCGCGGCGGUCGCGCAGUCUGCCAAUUCUAUCCCAAAAACGACGACCAGCGACAAAUGAUCACCCAAGCGGCCGUGAAAGCCGGUUUCGGCGCCGGUAUGCUCGAAGACGAUCCCGGCACCAAGAACCAGAAGCUGUACCUCGUCCUCACCGUCGGCGGAGGCGAUUUGACCAAGAAGGGUGGUGAUAUUACUGGUGUUGUUGAUGGUAUGGAUGGAGUUGAUGUUGAGGAUGCUAGACGGUCUAUCAAGACUCAUGCUCCGAAUAUGUCCAAGGGUAGCAAGGCUUGGAUCGUCAAGAAGAAGGAGCAGAUGGAGCGUAAGGGAAAGAUUGUCAAGUCGACGUCCAAGUAUACUGGACGAAAGAGACGGGUGCAGUUUUAA